GAAGUCCCAUUGGGUACCAUCUGGUCAGUUCCCCAUUUGGCCGCUAGGAGGAUUGUGAGAUGCAGUGGAUACUGCCUAUUUCAAUAUGCAGAUGCUCAUCUCUGUUUCUGACUUGUAGCUUCAGUAUUGAACUGUUGCCUCACCAAGAUGAUCUGAAUUGAGCAUGUCUCAAGUUAUUUGGCCUUCCUUCAGAAGGAUCUUCAUUACCUUUAUCACAGUUUCAAUUUCUGAUCUUGAUUAGGAGAAAAUUUAAAGAUUAGUUAAUAUUUCAUUUUUCUUUAUAUAAUAGAGAGGUGUAGCUCUACAAAUGUUGGGAGAAAAUGAUAAUGUGCAUUUCAUUCAACUUUCCAUUUUAUGAUUCCACAGGAAAAGACCCAAAGUGAAUAUUCCUUCACUGCUUAUGCUAAUAACUACUUGAUUGGAAAGAAAUGAUCUAUGCAAACAAAACUUAGAACAGAGAAUACAUACCAUUAGCAUUAGCUCACAGAAAGUGCCCUCUAACUAGUUAAAAUUGAUUUUACUGUAUACAUUUGAAGCUGGUUUUUUGUUGUUGUUGUUUUAAUUAAAGGUCUGAAAAAGAACUGUGUUUGAUAUGCAGAUAUGAUAGAAGACUGCCUGAAAGCUGCUUCCUUUGCCACUUCCUGUGGAGGCCUGUCUUUGCCAUUUGCGGUUUCUUUCUUUUGGUCAGCACCCUGCAAGGAAGUAGUAACAUAUCCAGUUGUGAAACUGGGAAAGGCCAGAACUUUUGGAUCAGGAAAACAUGUCCCGUCGGAAACAGACAAAUCCAAAUAAAGUUCACUGGGAUCAAGUAUUUGCUGGGCUAGAAGAGCAAGCCCGCCAGGCGAUGAUGAAAACUGAUUUUCCUGGAGACCUUGGCAGUCAGCGACAAGCUAUCCAACAACUAAGAGAUCAGGACUCCAGUAGCAGUGACAGUGAGGGUGAUGAAGAGGAGACCACACAAGAUGAAGUCUCUUCCCACACAUCAGAGGAAGAUGGAGGGGUGGUCAAAGUGGAAAAAGAGUUAGAAAAUGUGGAGCAGCCUGUUGGUGGGAGUGAAGUGGUAGAGCAUGAGGUCACGGGGAACUUGAAUUCUGACCCCUUACUUGGACUCUGCCAGUGUCCCCUCUGCCAGCUAGACUGUGGGAGCCGCGAGCAGCUGAUUGCUCAUGUGUACCAGCACACUGCAGCAGUGGUGAGCGCCAAGAGCUAUAUGUGUCCUGUCUGUGGCCGGGCCCUAAGUUCCCCAGGGUCCUUGGGUCGUCACCUCCUAAUCCACUCGGAGGACCAGAGGUCUAACUGUGCUGUGUGUGGAGCCCGUUUUACCAGCCAUGCCACGUUUAACAGCGAGAAACUUCCUGAAGUACUUAAUAUGGAAUCCCUACCCCCAGCCCAUAGUGAGGGCCCCUCCAGUGCUGAGGGGAAGGACAUUGCCUUCAGUCCUCCAGUGUACCCUGCUGGAAUUCUGCUUGUGUGCAACAAUUGUGCUGCCUACCGUAAGCUCCUGGAAGCACAGACCCCCAGUGUUCGCAAGUGGGCCCUGCGUCGACAGAAUGAGCCUCUGGAAGUAAGGCUGCAGCGGCUGGAACGAGAGCGCACGGCCAAGAAAAGCCGGCGGGACAAUGAGACCCCGGAGGAGCGGGAAGUAAGGCGCAUGAGGGACCGUGAAGCCAAGCGCCUGCAGCGCAUGCAGGAGACUGAUGAGCAGCGGGCACGCAGGCUGCAGCGGGAUCGGGAAGCCAUGAGGCUGAAGCGGGCCAAUGAAACCCCAGAGAAGAGGCAGGCCAGGCUCAUCCGGGAGCGGGAAGCCAAGCGGCUCAAGAGGAGGCUGGAGAAAAUGGACAUGAUGUUGCGAGCUCAGUUUGGCCAGGACCCUUCUGCCAUGGCAGCCUUAGCAGCCGAAAUGAACUUCUUCCAGCUACCUGUGAGUGGGGUGGAGUUGGACAGCCAGCUCCUGGGCAAGAUGGCCUUUGAAGAGCAGAACAGCAGCUCUCUGCACUGAACCCCUCCUGCCCUCUCACUCACCCAGGUCCCCAAGGAUCAAUGUGGUAGCCACCCAAAGGGCCCUGUCCUUACUGCCAGAGACAGGCCUGGGUUGGCUGCAGGUGGACCUGCGUACCUUUGCAUGUGGGAGCGGGAUGCUGGGAUCAGCCAGAAGCCGACUUAACACGGCUCCGGACAAGGGAGUAGGCAGGCACUCCAGAGAACUGGACUCCCCAGCCCACUGCUGCAGGGCAUGCUUCUAGGACUGCAGGGCCUGGUGCGGCCCACGGAAAUGUGAGGGCAAAUAAAUUAAUUUUAUCUUUA